AAAUUAUAAACUAAAAAUGAUUUAGGGCUUUAUUAUCUAAUUUUUGAGUCUGUGUUUCUAAUCCGUAUUAUAUUGCCAUCUCUUGGCAAAAAAAUAACAUAAAUUUGACAAUUCCAAACUGUCAAAUUUGUUUAUUCCUGUGUGCAAGUAUUGUGUGAUCGAAGAUUCCAAUUUCUCUUCAAUUUCAUCGAAAAUGAACCCAGUUUUGUUACAAAAACAGUUGCGAGACAAUGCCGCAGACCUCAACGACUUUUACAAAGAAUUGGAAUGUUGGGGUGAAGAUAUGAAAAAGAAAGAAGAGUCUCGUCAAAAAACCGGCACCAAACCUUCUGAUGAGUGCCAAACCGUGCCCAAGAAGAAAAAAACAAAAAUCAAAGAAAAAGUUAAAAGUAAAAUUGGUUACACUGAUUAUAAGGCAUGGGACAAAUUUGAUGCUGAUGCUGAAUGUGAAAAAGUGGAUAACAGUGAGAACGAUGAGUCUGAAUUGACGGACGAGUGCGAUGAAACGGCCAGAGAUGAGGCUUAUUUGGAAAAAGAAAAGGGCAAUAAAUUCGUAAAACAGAAAAAGUGGAAUGAGGCAAUUGAGUGUUACACACAAGCUAUCGAUUUAUAUUCAUACGAUCCAAUUUUUUACGCUAAUAGGGCGCUAUGUUAUUUGAAGAUUGAAAAUUAUGGAAAGGCUGAAUCAGACUGCACACUUUCACUGAAAUUGGAUCAGACUUAUGUUAAGGCCUACCAAAGAAGAGCAGCAGCAAGAGAAGGCCUAAAUAAGUUGGAGGAAGCCAAGGCAGAUCUAUUAAGGGUUCUAGAAUUAGAACCAAAAAAUUGUGAAUCAAAAACUAAUCUAGAAAACCUAAAGAAAAAACUUACGAAAGUUGAACAGGUCCAAACUCAACGUCCAGUUUCAAAAUUUACAGCCUCCAGAAACAAAAAUUUAUGCAAUGUUAUGAAACAGAGUAAUAUAUUUACUCAAGAAAACAAAAUUAAUGAGAAUAAGGUUAAUGAAACAGAGUCUGUUAUUCCAGUUAAAGCAAUUAACAAGCCUGUUCACUUACAAUCCAAAAAGCCUUUGAAACGAAUCGAAAUUCAAGAAAUUGCGGAAUUUUGUGAGCUAAACCAGAAAAGUGAAUCUUUCCCAAAAGUAGAUAAGCCAAAUAUGACUUUAAAAACCGAUGAUUUGAAAAUUGUGGAGAGGCAUCCUAGUGGUCAAAAUGUCCAUGAAAUUAAAGAAAACAAAGAUCACACAAAUAAUAUUAAAAUGGAAUUAUCUACUCCUAAAAACUCAGUACAGUUUUACUCCUCUUGGAAGCAUCUGAAAACGAUUGAGUUUAAAUAUGAGUAUCUAAAGUUGAUAAAACCCGAAAAUUUGCCUCUCAUAUUUAAAGAGUCGCUAGAAAGUGGCGUUUUUAGCGAAAUUUUGGAAGUUUUAACUAAGUGUUUUAUCGAGAAAAGAGAUGAUGUUUUCGAUUUUUUAAAGUAUUUUACUAAAAUCCGAAGAUUUUCAGCUAUCAUCAUGUUUCUGAGUGAUAAUGAUAAAAACUGUUUACGCAAACUUUUUGAUUACACUAAGGACCGUGGAAACCACCCUAAUGGAGAUGUAGAAUCCUUAAUUCAGAUAUACGAACUCAAUAAUUAAGUUACUGUAAAUUUAAUAAAGAAAAUUUGGUUAA